AUGACUAACGGUUUAUCUUUUGUUAUAGGAUUAACUCCAGGUAGACCUCAAAAGUCGUUCUCAGACUUAUGUGAAAGGAGUAAAAGGCGAAAAACUGAAGAGCUUCGAACAUCUGACUUGGAUGAGCUGGCAUACGCAACACAAAUGAAAUUGCGAAAAACUGGCGAAGUCGAAGCAUCUAAAAUCGUAAAGGCCCAAUACGUAGUGGUUCGAGACACGAAUCCAGGCUUUUACCCGUGCUAUUCGAUUCUAAAGAAGUUGAAGAAAGAAUGUUACCCCGAAGUCCACAGCAUAACUGAGACCUGUGCUGAAGUAAGAGUACAAAGUUUAAUGGAUCACACCAUCAAGCGAUUAUUAAUGCAUCUUGGUGAGGAGUUCCUGGAGCAACUGACUGAAUCU